AUGCCGCGCGCGUUCCUGGUGAAGAAGCCGGUGGUGGCCACGGCCAAGCGCAACUGGAGCGAACUCCCGGACGAGCAGCGGGCGGAGAUCUACGUGCCCAGUACGGUGGGGGGCUGCCCCCUGCGCAGGGACCCCGAGCCGGCGGUGGGGGAGGCCCCCGCGUCCCCCGUGUCCCCCCUGGACAUGACGCUGCCCCCCCGCGCCCCCCCCGGCCCCUUCCUGCACCCCAAGGGCAAGGUCCCGUCCGGCCCUUUGGGCGCUCCCCUCCCCGCGGGGCUGCCCCUGGCCGGGGGGGUCCCCGGGGGGGUCCCGGUGGCCGGGGGGGUCCCGGGGGGCUCCGAGCUCUUCUCGUGCCCCGUGUGCCAGAAGAGCUUCGGCUUCCAGCGGAUGCUGAACCGGCACCUCAAGUGCCACAGCGAGGUGAAGCGGCACCGCUGCCCCUACUGCGGGAAGGGCUUCAACGACACCUUCGACCUCAAGCGCCACGUCCGCACCCACACCGGUGUCCGUCCGUACAAGUGCUCCCUGUGUGACAAGGCCUUCACGCAGCGCUGCUCGCUGGAGUCGCACCUGCGCAAGAUCCACGGCGUGGCGCAGCGCUACGGCUACAAGGAGCGCCGCGCCAAGCUCUACGUGUGCGAGGAGUGCGGCGGCACCGCCGACAGCCAGGACGCUCACCUGGCUCACCUGCGCCAGCGCCACCCCCACAGCCCCCUCCUGGCCAAGCUGGCCCGCAAGGCCGCGGCCACGCCCGCGCCACGCCCUGCUCCGCCCCGCGCCGCCCCGCCCCCGUAG